UUUGCUCCUCCCUUUCUUUAUCGAUUUAAUGUGUUAUUGAUGAUGAAAAUUACUAUAUUUUAGAAGUUUGGUGUACUAUAGGUUUGUUGUUUUUGGGUUGGUAAUGUAUUCGACAGUGCUAUAUCUGAAGUAUAAAGGCGUCAUAUUUUCGUAAUCAUGGGUUUUGCGAUGCUUGACUAGCUAUUGACGGUUGACGAACAAUUUGCAUAUCUGAACGAAGUUUUCGUAAAUCAUAUAAAAUGCCACUACCAAAACGUUCAAUAGAGCCAGUUCAUGUUUCACGAUCCGUUUAUCAACAAGAUGAACUUCAAUUCGUUGAAUUAGAAACAAUAACUAAUACAGCCCUUACAAAUAUAAUACGUCAAUUAUCCUCCUUAUCCAAACAUGCAGAAGAUAUAUUUGGUGAACUGGCCCGAGACGUAGGAAACAUUAGUAAUCGAGCGAACUCACUACAAGCACGAAUAGAUCAUUUGUCUAUUAAAGUUACACAGUUGGAUAGCUCAAUGGAAGAUGUUCCACUCACAGACAUAACAAGAAAAAAGGGAUUCCGAUCUACUAAAGUAUUUGAUCAAAAAAUAUUUUCUCAUUCAACCAUGCCAGCUCCUAUGCUAGAGACUUACACCAUGUGCGACAAACCACCUCCAUUAAACAAAUUAAAUAACUAUCGGGAUGACGGUAAGGACGGACUUAAAUUUUAUACCGAUCCCAAUUACUUUUUUGAGUUGUGGCGACAAGAGAUGUUGAAGGAUACAGAAAGAGUAAUGCAUGACAAAGGAAAAAAAAUGAAUCGUCCGCGUCAAGACGGUGGCAAUAGUUGUGUUAACUCUGCAGGGAAUAAAAAACGAGUGAGAAAGCCACAUAAUACUAGAGAAAAGCAGCGGUUGAUUGCUAUUGGUCAUGGAGAAACUUUAAUGCCAAACAAUAUUAAUUACCAAACCCCAAAUUCAAUUGUCAACAUGGAAACCGCUUUUGGAAGUGUUGGUGUUUUCGAGUCGCGGCAACAGCGUCCAAAUUCAAUUGACCUCCGUAACAUCUCCAAUUCUGAACUAUCAAGUGGUGAUUAUUAUACCUCCCAUGCACACACUACUACUUCUAAUAUUUCGGCCAUGGUAACUAAUGCUGUUAAUCAAAAAACAGUCUCCCCGGGUGAAAAUGAAAAUUGUAUUGUAUCAAUGCAUUCAAUGCAGCGCGCUGAACAAACCUUGCACGCGGAACAUGUGUGUGAUGAUGAAAUAUUUAGCGAAAAUCAAAACUUUUGUGAACAGUCUGGUUUUUUCAUUACUGAGGGAAUGGGCACAUCAGGAAUAACUUCACGGAUGAAAACUCGGCCUUCUCAACCUCCACCAGCUCCACCAUCAAACGGUAGCAGAAAUGGGACGCCUGUAUCUUCUAAUGCUAAUACCCCAACACGUAUCCGGAAUUUGCCGAAUAACAGAGAUAUAUUGCCACCACCACCACCAAUCCCUGAAGGUGUUAUUAAUAUAACCCCACCUAGAACACUCUCGGUUGGGAACGGAAAUGCUUCAACAGGAAUUUCUCUUCAAUUGCCGAAGAACAAGUCAAGUAUUUUAUUGCACCUAGAUAACAACAACUUCACUAAUUCAAAUCUGACUAAUAUGUCACGACCUCCUAUUUAUCAAGAUUUGGCUUUAUCACCACAGGCAGAACACCAGCAUUCUAAACAAAAGUUGGCUAAUGUUGCACCGCCGCCACCUCCACCGCCACCACCACUAUCACAAAGUGAAUAUAUAUCUCAAGGCUCUAUAGUUGACUUAACUUCUACUAUAAAUGGGGCCAUUAUUAAAAGAAUUUCUGAAGAAACAAUUGACAAAAAAAAGCACUUGCCCCCAUCAUAUGAUUCCCGGACAGACCUUAUGAAAGCGAUUCGGGAUGGCAUUACUCUUAGAAAAGUUGAGAAGUGUGAGCAAAAGGAAAUCGAAAGGAACACGGCCUUACAUGAUGUAGCUUCUAUUUUGGCUAGACGGGUUGCCAUUGAACUUUCCGAAUCGGAGGAAUCAGAUUCUGAUGAUGAUAGUGAAGGAUGGAUGGAAUCAACUGAAAACUCAGCAUAA